UUUUAACACCCGUUUUAACGUAAGGGUUACCUUUGAAGUUAUUAAUUUACAAAAUUUCUGAUCAGAUGUUUGCGUUCUGCCGCUGAUCCCGAAAACCAGUACAAUACAAUAGGACAACAAUUGUAUUCUAUGCGGGCAUUAAAAUGUAUACUUUAAGAAGAGAAUAAGAAUAAGAUUUUAUGAUUUUUGUUGUGGUGGUUUUGUUUCUUUUAGGGUGAUUGACAUCACAAAUUUGAAUUCAGAUUUGUAAGUUUCUUCUUGGUGUCAAACUUGGUGAAGUUCGUAAUAACUAUAAUAGAAUUUUAGCUCUUUACUUAAAGAAAUAAUCGUGGACUCAUUUUGUGUUCUAAAGUGAAUGCAUUGUCAUUUCUGUCCACUGACAGCACACACUACAGUGAAGUCACGGAGUAAGGCUGUUCAUGCUAAAUCAAAGUUGUUGUUUGUUUUUUUUCUAUAUUUCGGACCAUUUCCAUACACACAUUUACGGCUGUAUGUAUGACUCGAUUCCUCAGCCUGGCAGAUCUGGUUUGUCUUAUGAAGAAUGUUGCUCUACUGGUGGAGGAAACCAACAAGUCUUUGUUAACUGCCCCUCCCGUUCGACAGCACUGUACCUGUACGUUUGAUUCAUCCACCAACAUCUGUUCGGUUUCACUCUUGUUUACUUGAGCGCAGAUCAGCAAAGUUAUUCGAACAUUUUUUCACACAUUCACAAUAUUGUUAUAAACUUGUUUUAAGGUGACUCGACCGAACCCGUUUCGGAAUGCCUUGUAAAACCAGUCACUUCGUUUUAAACAACUGUGAGUGUCACAUCAGGGUAGAUGGAUUGUGUCAUGUGCCCCUCCCCUUCUUUCCAGGUUCAUUCUUUGACUGCUCUCUGACAGAAGUCACUUCUUGAGAUCCAGGUCAUGGUUUUCACAUGUCACCUGCGAAACUUUGGGAAUCUAAACAGAAAUGUGAUUUGAAGCUGGGAUUUUGGCGACGCGCGUCGCAUUUUAAAUGUCUGAAAGUUAAAUGCCACGGAAAAUAUAUGUCCACUGUUUGUUUCUAACGCCAUUUGUUGGACUUGAUGAAAAAGUUGGAAAUCAGCGCCAGCUAAUGGAUCGAGGAAAGAAGCGAAGAUGUUUGAGAUUCACAGGAAGGAAGUUCAUAUCUUCAAGCCUGCUAGUGCUGACCCUCUGGAUCCUCGUAUUGGUCACAUUGAGGUACCAACCCAUCCCUGAGCCUCUUCCUACUCCUGUAAAAGAUCAUACUCCAGUUCAGACAAUUUACAAGUACAACAUCAGCUGCUCUGCUGUGUAUGACACGGACCCAGUAGAGUUGGGGAAAACUUUGAUAAUUCGCCGAAAGCACAUUGUAGAGGACGUGGAUGAAAGUCUUAUUAAUCUUACCUCCAACUGUCCUUCGUUCCUCAAGUCCAGAGGAUAUGACAAAGUGUGUGUCUCAGAGGAGGAGAGGGACUUUCCAAUUGCUUAUUCUUUAGUUGUGCAUAAAUCUGCAUGGAUGGUAGAGAGACUCAUCAAAGCACUGUACUCACCAAAUAACAUCUAUUGCAUUCACUAUGAUCAGAAAUCUUCAGUGCCGUUCAUUUCAGCUAUUGAAGGCCUUGUAAACUGCUUGCCCAAUGUCUUCAUCGCAUCCAAACAGGAGUCUGUAUACUAUGCGAGCAUCUCUCGUUUAAAAGCUGACCUCAACUGUUUGUCUGACCUUUUGGAGGCAGACGUCAAGUGGAGAUAUGUCAUCAAUCUUUGUGGCCAAGAUUUUCCCCUCAAGUCCAAUAUCGAGCUGGUGGCCGAACUAAAGAAUUUGAAGGGUGAGAAUAUGCUGGAGACGAGCCAACCUACGAAGUAUAAGUCAGGGAGGUUCACGUUUCACUACGAGCUGAAGGAUGUCAACUAUGAAUAUAAAAAACUGCCAAUAAAAACAGAACAGAAAAAGGAUCCACCGCCUCAUGAUAUCAAGAUGUACUCUGGAAAUGCAUAUUUUGUCUUGUCGAGGGAAUUCAUUGAGCACUUAAACUCAUCACCUGUGGUGAAAGAUUUUUUAGCCUGGUCUGAGGACACCUACUCCCCAGAUGAGCACUUUUGGGCCACACUUGUGCGGCUGCCAGGUGUUCCUGGAGAGGUGCCAAGGUCCCACCCUGAUAUCACUGACCUGAUGAGUAAGACCAGGUUGGUAAAGUGGAAAUACCUGGAAAAACACUUCUACCCACCCUGCACGGGGUCACACAUGCGAGGUGUUUGCAUUUUUGGAGCAGCAGAACUGAACUGGCUGCUCAACUAUGGUCACUGGUUCGCUAACAAGUUUGAUACUAAGGUGGACCCCAUUAUCAUCCAGUGCCUUGAGGAGAAACUGGAGGAGAAAAGGCAGUUGUUUCAGUCGGUGUCACAACUCUCCUGCUCCAAGAAUUAACCCAUCUCCUACCAUUCAUGUACCUUUGAAAUACAAUGACAAAAUCAGUUUAGUUGUUGGGGAUUAGUUUUUCUCUGUUACACUCUGUUAAAAUCAUUAAAGCCUGGAUGAAUUUUGAACCAUUCAGGGAGUUUCUUUUAAUUUAAUGACCAAACAAAGCAUUCAUACUGUAGUGAAAAUUGUACCAAUGACAGUAUUUAAAUUAGGGAUUGAGUCAAUUGGAUUAACCAAAAUGAUCUUUCAUUGGUCUGGUGACCAGUCCGGGAUUUUACUUGGUCUUUUGCCAUAUUGUUAGACCUAAACAAGAAAAAUAGUAGAAAUUGAAUGAAAUAAAUGAAUGUCAAACAUUAUGUAUAUACUGUGAAUUGGUUCCAAACCUAUCACUGAUAUUCAGUCUAAAAAAUCACAUUCAUUCAUAUAAGGGUAAUAAAACAUUUAAUAUUUUGUUACAUUUCGAUGAAUGUCUUAAUUUAUACCUAUAGCUUGUAAUGAGAUAUUUUAAAAAUCACCUAGUUCUUAUUUUUCCUUUUAAGAUUUCAAACUUAGUGAUUUAACUGUAUACAGUUAUAAAAUGAUUUAUAUGGGAUAACAUGGUUUAUUUUUUCUUUUUUUUUGUUAAUGUGGAUAUGUUUCUAAUAAAAGUUUUACACAGAGUGGCUUGUCUGUAAUAUCCCGUCUUCAACUUUAGUCAUUGCACUUGAAAGUGAAAAACUUACUGUGAUGUUAUCUUGUCUC